GACCCUGUGAUUGGCGGCGCGGACCGGGCGGCGGGCGCAUGGCGCGGUGGCGGCGCCGGGUACGCGGGGCGGCUGCCCUGCCCGAGGCCAUCGCCGCGCUGAGUCGGGCGCUGCCCGCCGCGCCCAACCCCGAGACCUUCCGCCGCGCCAAGUUCGACCGUCCGGAAGCAGCCGCCGCGCUCUGGAGCCUCCUCGCCCGUGUGCUGUCGGCGCUGCCGGCGCCCGCAGUUCCCGCCUCGCUCGGCCCAGAGGCCCGCUGGGUGAAGGCCUCGCUGCGCGCCCAGGGCUACCAGCGGCGGGCGCUGUGGCAGCUGCCGGAGGACGGCUCGCAGGGCAGCCGGGAGCUGCUGCUGGCGCUGUCCUGGCUCCUGGCCCGGGGGCCCCUGCUGGAACAGCUGCUGGCCCAGACGCGCGUGCAGCUGGGAGACAGGAUGCCGGCGUUCCAGUGCGAGUUGCCGGCCAGGCCCGGCCCAGCUGCACCCUCCUUGGCCCCUGAGGGCCCCCUGGACGUGCGCCUGGUGCAGUGGCUGAUGGGAACGCUGCGGUUGCGGUGGCGAGGCCUGAUGUGCAGUCAGCAGGAGCACGCUGCCCUCCUGAGCAAGAUCCACAUGUUCACGCGCGGCUGCCACAGCGACUGCAGCCUCGAUCACCUGUCUGUUGUGGAAACUGAGGCUCUCAGGGACCCAGAGAGUGGCCGGCAGCUGCUGCAGGCCCUGGAGAGUGAGAACACACGCCUGGAGGCCACGAUGCACUGGCGGGACAGCCAGCUUGUCUACUGGCAGUGGCUGGACACGGUUCUGGGCGUCUGCCCUGCGGGGACUCCUACCCCAGCCUCCCCGCCCGCAUGUCUGCCCAGGAUUCCCAAGCGUGGAGUUGACGAGUGGGAGCUGCUGGAGCGGGACCUACAGGGCCUGCAGGAGGAGCUGCGGGAGGCAGCAGAGCCAAGACGGGCAGCCUGGGAGGCCAGGGUGGAUGGCCAGGGCCAGGGGCCGCAGUGGAGCCGCUCUCGGCAGACCGUGCGGGAGGCCGUGGGCCAGGCACUGGCCGCCCUCCAGCAGUCCUGGGAGGAGGGCAGCAGCCCUGCCCAGCCCCUUGGGCCCCAUCGGCUGGUGAGAAGUGAGGAUGGGAUGCCGGCCAGCCAGGGUCUGCAGGCUGCGGAAGUCAUCGGUCUGUUGAGAAGCCAGGAGGCCUGCCUGGAAGCGCUGCUGUGCCAGCUGCAGGAACAAUGUCGACGGGAGCUGGCCAGGCUGGCCGAAGCGCUGCCUGGUCUCAUCUGGAUCCCAGCGCCUGGACCCUGAGGGUUGGCCGGAGCCUGCUGAGAGUGUCAGAGGAGCAGGGUCCAGCUGGCAUGGGUGCCCACCUGCGGGCAGGUCAUGG